AUGUUGUACGCAAAUCAAUCUCUGACCAACAUCACUGCUGGAAAGCAGUAUCAGGGGUUACUGGAAAGAGUGUUAUUUUCCACUGUGACUACAGUACCAUGCUGUGUGUUUCUCUUCAUUAAUGGAAUCAUGUUAUUCACCUUGAGGAGUAAAUUAGUGUUUCGUGAGACCUCCCGUUACAUUCUUCUGUUUAACCUCCUUUUUGCAGAUACUGUGCUGCUGGCACUGAGUCAGUUACUGUAUCUAAUAUCUGCAUCUAGAAUAACACUAACAUAUCCUGUAUGUGGUGUUCUCACCAUGCUUGCUGAUCUCACGAAUGAAAUCUCCCCUCUCACACUGGUGCUGAUGUCUCUGGAGAGAUAUGUGGCUGUGUGCUACCCACUGAGGCACGCUACCAUCAUCACCAUCAGAAACACAGCAGUGGCUAUCAUUGUGGUUUGGGCCUUCAGUUCACUAAAUAUCCUCACACGAGUUAUUUUACUGUUAGAUUUUCCAUUUGAGGACAUGGAGAGCCUGCAGAUGAAUGACUUUUGCUCCGACAUAGCCAUGUUUCUUGGGCCAAUGUCUGAUCAUUAUGACAAAGCGUACACCUGUUUUCUGUUUGUAUCAGCUGGUGUGGCAAUCACUUCCUCCUAUAUAGGUGUGAUGAUAGCAGCCAGGUCAGCCUCCACAGACAAAGCUUCAGCCCAGAGGGCUCGUAACACUCUGUUGCUGCAUAUGGUGCAGCUGGGCCUCAGUCUCUCUUCAACCAUUUACAACCCCAUCCUCAUAGCUCUUUCGAGAAUUGUUACGAGGAUAGUAUUUGUGCGCACCCAGAAUGCUUUUUAUGUGCUUAUUUUCAUCUUCCCCAGAUGUCUGAGUUCUCUCAUUUAUGGCAUAAGAGAUCAGAACAUCAGACCUGUCCUCGUGUACCAUCUAUGUUGUCGACUGAAACUCUCAGUCGCCCCGGCCAAGGCCGAGGUCUCACCCUAG